UUCAUGACACUGGUUUUCCUUCACCCGCUUUGUAAAUAAAUGGAAUAGUACUACUUAGUAGGAUUAUUUAAAAUAAAAGAAUAGAUAAGUAGCAUAGUUUCAGUACGCAUAAUGUGGGUGAUACGAAUUGUAAUUGUUUUAAGUGCGUUAUUUUUCUGCGUCUGUGUUAAAAUUACAGACGAAGAAUACGCAUUAAUGCCAGAAAUAUUUCAUUUGGAUGAUUUUGAUCGUUGUUUAAUGUUGGGGAAGGACGCCUUAUAUUGUACGGUACAAAUGCAAUUAGCACCUAUAAGGAAUUCUACAAGUUCUCGUGUGUGGGCAAUUAUACAGAAAAUCAUUUCAAAUCCGAAGAACUAUAGACACGAUUGGCUAAGACAUGGUAUUUGUGUCCCUCUAUCAUGUCCAGAUAUGGCAAAUGACAUUUUAAACUAUAUCGACAAUGAGACAAGCUUGAUGGAUGCAAUUGAUCGGUGUUAUUCUUCGAAACUGCAAAGUUUGGGUUUACAGAGUUCCGUAAUGGAAAUGCAUUGUGAAACUGAAAAGCCUUUCUAUGAUAUUGAUAACUAUGAUAUUGCAGUGGCGAUAUGCUUCAUAGUGUUAAUAAUAACAGUGCUAUGUGCAUCAUUCUACGAGGGUUUUGCAAGAUACAAAUCUAAAGCUUAUUACCGCCGAAUAACUUCAACUAAACGUGGACGAAUUAUUGCAUGUUUUUCAAUACCUAAAAACUGGGACCGGCUCAAAGCAAAUAGUUCAGAUCCCAAUGCAGAGCCACUAAAAUGUAUAAAUGGUCUACGUUUUUAUACGAUAGUGCUCGUGGUAAUGGCACACACUAGUAUGGUGGGAUUUCUAACUUAUGCAUCCAACCCAAAAUUUGGAGAAACCAUGACUUCAGAUCCAAUCAACAUGUUAUUUGUUAAUGGCAGUUAUUCAAUACAACUGUUUAUGAUAAUAUCAAGUUGGUUAUUGUGUUACAAUUUUUUCUUAGUUUUUGAAAAGCAGCCAAAGUUCAAGCUGGGAUACAUAUUGUAUGCCUUUAUUCACAGAUAUAUCAGAUUAAGCGUACCCUUACUUGCUGUGAUCGCAUUUAAUGCAACAUGGUUACAGCAUAUCAACAGAGGUCCAUUAUGGGAUAAAGUUGUCGGUACAGAAUACCGAAACUGUAGAAAAAAUUGGUGGGUAAAUUUAUUGUACAUAAAUAACUAUUACGACGUUAAAAACAUGUGCAUGCUGCAAACUUGGUACUUGGCAGCGGACACUCAAUUAUUUGUGCUUUCUUUAGUGGUUCUCGCUAUUAUUUGGAACCACAAAAAUCGAGCACCAAUCAUACUUGGUACAUUUUUGGGAGUUGGCCUAGCGGUUCCGGUAAUCGUUAAUUACGUAAACGACUACAAUAUAUUACUGCGACAAUAUCCUGAGAAUCUCUACAAGAUAAUGUUAGAAGUUCCAGAGUGGUUAUAUAUGACCAUUCCAGGCCAUACAAACAUCAGCGGGUUUGCAAUUGGAUUGAUUGUUGGUUACGUGAUAUACAAAUACAGAAAUAGGAAGUUGUUUACAAGAACGCAUCAUCACGUCUUGUGGUGGGUUACAACUUUUGGCCUGCCACUGACCGUUGUAUACGUUGGAAUACCUUUAUAUGACGAUGAAUACGUGGCCACACCAUUUGGAGCUGCGCUAUAUGUGUCACUUGGUAAGGCAGCAUACGGACUGGGGAUGGGCGUGGCUUGUUUUGGUUUAAGUCAAAACGUUGGCUGGUUGCUGAGAGAUGCAGUUAUGCUACCUCCCCUACAAGUCUUAGGAAGACUCACAUACUGUAUAUAUUUGGUACACGUUGCAUUGAUUCGUAUUCGUUCUGGUCAAGCUAGAUCAAAAUCGUAUCUCACCGUUCACACUUUUGCGAUUCAAUCAUGCGGUGACCUAAUCUUAGGCUACGUUAUUGGCCUUGUGCUUUGUUUGUUCGUAGAGAUGCCCACUUCGGCACUGCAAAAGCUAAUGAUGCCAAAAUUAAAAAAGGACUCGAAGAAUGUAAACGAUCUACAAAUGCAGAAUGGCGAUAACGACAAAGUCGUUGAGACAAAUAUCUAAAGUUUAGAAAACUUUCGACAAGAUACAUUAGAUUUUAUUAAAUUAAUGCAGAUUUCAGAAAGUACCUACCUAAGUAUAUUGAAAUAAAAAUCAACAUUAAAUUGGUAAAGA